AGCUGAUCUCUUGAAAUGAUACCCAUUUGUGAGAGAUAUUUUGGAUACAGCUUACAAGUUAUGAAUUUUUUAAAGUGUAACUACUUCCCUGAUCAUAGAAUGUGUCUCAAUGAACAAGAUUUAUAUUACCAUAUCUGGAGAGCUAAUACAUAAAUGUUCUUUAUCUUGGGGUAGAAGGCCGAUACAAGAGGAAACUGUUUUGCUUUGACAAUUAUCUCGUUUGAAAAACGAUUAAUGUGUGCCGUUUCUUCCAGAAGCUUUCAGCUUUAUUCUCUCUCAAAAUCCUCUACUAGACUUCAGUGCCGUUUCAUUUAUGUUCGUCGCUUCAAAACCCAGAUCACAUUUUCCAAGACCGAUUACCCGAAACUCACUGACAAUGACUCACAACUGCUCCAUUUCCUUUCCGAACAUAGUCUUCCGGAUGCACGUAAUAUGCUUGAAGAAUUGUCUGUUGGAGAGCGGCAUGGCCGGAUCCGUCUUUGGACUUCGUUUCUGUCGAAGUACUCGAAGAGUGGCUUUGUUGAUGAAGCCCGGGCUCUCUUUGAUAUCAUGCCCGAGAGGAAUGUUGUUACUUAUAAUGCGAUGUUGUCUGGGUACGUGCAGAGUGGAAGGUUGAGUGGGGCUUGGUCAUUCUUUGGCGAGAUGCCAGAAAGGAAUGUUGUGUCGUGGACUUUAAUGCUUUGUGGGUUGGCGGAUGCAGGGAGGAUAGAUGAUGCGAGGAGGUUAUUUGAGGUGAUGCCAGAAAGGAAUAUUGUGUCCUGGAAUUCUAUGUUGGCAGGCUUGAUUAGGAACAAGGAUUUGGAGGAAGCAAGUCUGCUUUUUCAACUAAUGCCAGAUAAGAACAUAGUUUCUUGGAAUGCCAUGAUUGCGGGGUAUGUUGAGAAUGGUAGAAUAGAAGAAGCAAAAGCAUUGUUUGAUGAAAUGGAAGAGAAGAAUGUGGUCACUUGGACUAGCAUGAUGGCUGGUUACUGUAGGGUGGGUAAUGUGGAUGAGGGGUAUAGUCUGUUUCAAAGAAUGCCUGAGAGGAACAUUGUCUCUUGGACAGCCAUGAUCAGUGCAUUCACUCGGAAUAGCUUAUAUAUAGAAGCUUUGUCGCUUUUUCUUGAAAUGAGAGGGGAUUUUGAAGUAAAACCAAAUGGAGAGACUUUCAUUUCACUUGCCUAUGCUUGUGCAGGUGUAGGUUUUGCUCGUCUUGGCAUGCAAUUGCAUGCUCAACUGAUUAUUAAAAGUUGGGACCAUGAUGAUUAUGAUGGCAGGCUAUAUAGGAGCCUCGUUUACAUGUACUCUACUUUUGGUAUGAUGGACUUUGCACACUCUAUUUUUAUGAAAAACCCAGAUAAACGUUCUUAUAAUUCUAUGAUCCAUGGCUAUAUUCGUACAGCGCAGCUGGAAAAGGCUCAACAUUUGUUCGACUUGGUACCCAUCCGAGAUAAGAUCUCAUGGACUUCUAUGAUUAAGGGCUAUUUUGAUGUUGGCCAAGUAUCGAAGGCCUGUCAUCUGUUUCAUAAUAUGCCUCAAAGAGAUGCAGUUGCGUGGACUGCAAUGAUUUCAGGACUUGUUCAAAAUGAGCUUUUCGCAGAAGCUACCUGCUUAUUCUCAGAAUUGCGAGUCCAUUGUGUUUUACCUCUGAAUUCUACAUAUUCUAUUCUUCUUGGAGCAGCAGGUACACUGUCAUAUCUUGAUCAGGGAAAGCAGUUGCAUUGCAUGCUGAUAAAAACAUUAUAUGAAUUUGACUUGAUUCUUGAGAAUUCUUUGAUCUCAAUGUAUGCAAAAUGUGGGGAGAUAGGUGAUGCACACAUAAUAUUCUCAAAUAUGACUUCUCGGGAUUUAAUUUCUUGGAAUUCCAUGAUCAUGGGGCUUUCACAUCAUGGGCUGGCAAAUGAAGCCCUCAAGAUCUUUGAAGACAUGCUUAGAUCUGGGGCCCACCCAAAUUCUGUUACUUUCUUGGGUGUCCUAUCAGCAUGUAGCCAUGCAGGGCUGGUCAGUCAAGGGUGGGAGUUAUAUAAUGCCAUGAGUGAUGUUUAUGCAAUUCCAAAAGGUUUAGAGCAUUAUAUUUGCAUGAUUAAUCUUUUGGGCCGAGCUGGGAAACUAAAAGAAGCAGAGGAGCUAGUCCUUAGACUACCUCUUGAACCAGAUCGUGCUGUUUGGGGUUCAUUGCUUGGAGUAUGUAGUUUUCAUGAGACAACUACCGAGAUUGCUAGACGUGCAGCCCAGCGACUCUUUGAGCUGGAUCCUUUAAACGCAGCUGCCCAUGUAGUGCUCUGUAACAUAUACAGAGCAAAGGGUUGGCAUGUUGAGGGGACAAUGAUAAGAAAGAAGAUGCAACUGGAGGGUGUCAAAAAGGUUCCUGGCUGCAGUUGGAUUCUGCUGAAAGGGAAGGCUCAUAUUUUCCUGUCAGGAGAUAAAAUACCCCCACAAGUGGAUGUGAUGCUAUCUGUCUUACAUGGGACAGCAAGUGAUCAUAAGAAAGUGGGUGAAACAUAUGAAGUGUGGGGAAGUUUGACCCAUCAUCGCUAAGGACACACUCAAACUUAUGACCUUCAAUCUCAGUAAUCAACUUGUCAGAACAUCUGUUUGUCAACAUGUUCAUUCUCUUUGAGAAUACAGCCUUUCCUUUCCCGUGUCCUAUGAAAUAGCUAAUAUGGUCCAAGUCACUUAUAGAAUAUCUGAAGAGAUAUGAGAGCAAUGAUGAGGAAGGAAAGGAAAAGAAAAAAAGGAUGAAGAAUGUGGUCCAAAGUAAACCAGAUGUAAAAGGUGUUUUAGUCGUGGAUGAAGAUCCAGUUU